AUGGCCGAUUCUGCACCCGACCAGCACACUGCCAACGGCAACAGCACCGUCGACUCCCUCAAAGGCAAUGCCCAAGCUGCCUACGCCCAGAUCUCAAAUGGCCCCGUUGCCCAGAACGUGAAGGACCAGAGCCAGAAGACCACCUCCGAGUUCUCCAACCUCGCCAGCGCCCGACAGACACCUUCGCAACCCGCUGCUACCGGCCAGCCCUUGACUCAUUACCACUCUUUCUUCUCGGAGCUGCUGUCGUGGAACAACCCCCGAGCUUCCGGCAUCGCCUAUGCGACCGUUGUCGGCCUGAUCUUCGCUGCACGAUACCUUGAUGUCGUUCGAUACUCCUUCAAGCUCACCUGGAUGGUCCUGGGCGUCACCGUCCUUGCCGAGGUCCUUGGGAAGACGAUCCUUAGUAACGGUCUGGCUACUCAGCUCCGACCUCGCAAGUACUACACGGUCCCCCGCGACACCCUCGAUGCCAUGAUUGGUGAUGUCCAUGAGCUCGUCAACUUCUUUGUCAUUGAGGUCCAGCGAAUCCUGUUUGCCGAGAACGUCCCGGCCUCUGCUGCUGCGGCCAUUGGUGCCUUUAUUUCCUACUACCUUGUCAAGAUUGUGCCCUACUGGGGACUUGGCCUGCUGUCCACCACCAUCCUGUUCUUUGCGCCCCUGAUCUACACCACCAACCAGGAGCUCAUUGAUCACCACCUCAAGAACGCCUCCAACAUUGUCAACAACCAGACCGAGCAGUUCCGCACCGUCGCGUCCAAGCACACUUCACAGGCAACUGAAAUUACCAAGCAGUACAUGGGAGACUACACUGCCAAGGCCCAGCAGAUGCUCCGUGGAAGCCGAGCAUCUUCCCCUGAGGCUACCUCGCGCCCUGCUCCUCAAUCUGGCCUCAAGGACACCGAUUUCCCCGAGGCCCCCAAGGAGGAAUUCGGUUCCCGGGAGCACGACCAGUAUCCUCAGGAGCAGUACAAGCACGAAGAGCCCGAGAUCAAGGGCGAGGGCGAGCCCCUGAUCGCUGCCUAA